AUGUCGCUGGCCCAGAUCCAGGAAUUCCUGGAGAAAUCGGCAAUCGACAGCGCGACAUCGUCGUCACCUGACCAUUGGAUCCUGGCCCAGCAAGCAGAGUGGGUGGACAUCCAACGAGCGACGGAGGCUUGCCAAGCCGAUGCCCUGUGGGACGCCAUCUCUAAGUAUCCCCUUCAACUAGAUGACUCAGCCAACCACUUGCUCGACGAAGAUGCUCUGGCCUUCUUUGAGCUGCUACUGGCAUCCCAGGCCCCAGACGUGUUUGCUCAUAACGAAUGGAUUGUUCGCGUCACGGCGCAACCGGUGGAAUGGAUCCCGAUAGCCAUGGCACACGUCUCCUGA